AUGGCAACAACCAGCGCCAACUUGCUGGAGGUGUCCAUCGAGUCAGUAAUAUUCUCGUCUUACGCGCUCCUCUCGACUAUCGUCCUAGUCAUCUACUACAGGCAUAAGGACUAUUUGGACUCCCGCGUCAACAGGAUUUUAGCCGUCACCUUUGGCCUGUUCCUGAUGCUCUGCGCCAUGACCCACCUGCGUGCUAUCUGGUACGAUCACAUCAGCGCGCCCCUCUCUGUUUCGUGCGCGGCCGUGUCCUUCAUCGCGGCCAUAUGCGCUCUCUGCCGUGUCCAAAGCCUCGAUGACUAUCUCACGCUCCGAAUAUCCACCUCCAAGAUCCUUCGAGAACGUACCAUCCAGAACCUCACCGCGGGGUAUGAUCUGAGAUGCGUCGCCAUCGACAAUAGCCUGGUCACGGGAUUCAUCAACGGCUACAGCGGUGGUUUUCCGGUGGAGUUCAGUGGGGGGAUAGACAUCGGCAACAUAAUCAAGAUGGGAGAUAGGUUCUUUCGGGUGGUCAGCGCGGUCAUGAACACCACGUCACACAGGCACUGGUCAGAGCUAGAGCUUGCGCCAUCAGCUUCAAGUUCAGGGACGACGAUCUUCGCCUACGAUGCCACAGCCGAGGUGCACAUGAGCAAGGAGGAAGAGCGCAUGAACGAGAUGAAGAUGGCCAUGUGCAUGAGCACCGCCCAUGACGUCAGGACCCCCCUGGCCUCGCUGGGGAUCGUGAUAUCGUCCCUGCGGUCGAACGCCGACGUCGACGAGAACUACACUAAGCUCUUGGACGAGGCCAUCGUCAACGUUGAGGUCCUCAAUCUCGUGGCGACGCAGUUCAUGGAUAUCGGCAUGAUGGGGGCGGGAGUCAAGAUCAAGGGGACGAUUGACGCGCUGAAUGUUGCCACCAUGUUGAACAGGAUCGAAAAUGUGUGCUCCAGGUUGGUAAACGAGAACGUCGACGCCCGCUGCGAGGCCCAGGCGUGCGUCCCCCCCUCCCUGCUGACGGACGUGGAGUGGGUGUGGCAGAUCCUCAUGAACCUUGUCACCAACGCCGCCAAGUACACGCACAGGGGCCGCAUCGACGUGAUCGUCGGCUACCGGGACGACUGCCUGGAGCUCCGAGUGGAGGACACCGGGAUCGGGAUCGACGACUCCAAGAAGGGGGCCGUGUUCGGCAAGUACGUGACCCACCAGACGUACGGGCACGCCUCGCACGGCAUCGGGCUCUACUCGGUCAAGACCAAGGUCGACGCCCUGGGGGGCUCGUGCAGGGUCCUGGACAAUCCCGGCGGGGGUACUGUUUUCGAGGUUCUGAUCCCGGCGAAAGUGGACAAGGACAUCGAUACCGACAGCACCAGCGGCAGCGGCCGGAGCGUUUCGCUCCGGGAGAGCGGCGACACCCCCCGGGGGACGUGCCUGAUCGUGGACGACACGGCCUCCAUCAGGAAGAUGAUGCACCACUUCCUGAAGAAGCACGACGUCGACCUCGCUUGUAACGGUGAGGAGGGCCUGGAGAGACUCAAGAAGAAGGAGUACGACAUCGUGCUCAUGGACAUCUCGAUGCCUGUCAUGGACGGGAGGAAGUGUUUGGCGAGGUUUAGGGAGUGGGAAGCGGUGAACAGAUCGAACCGCCAGCGGAUAUACUCCAUGUCGGCCAACGUCAUCGAAGUCGACGCCGGCUUCGACGGGUCUCUGCCCAAGCCCAUGGAUGCCAAGAGACUGCGAAGGCUCCUCCAAAAACGGGGAUCGCCAAUGGUGCACCCGGUUUGA